AUGAAUAUGUUGGAUGAUGAAGAUGACCAAAGCUUUCACGCUACGCGUGACGGCUACUCCCAUUUGAGCGAUGUCGAAUGGGAUGCGGUUGAACGAAUGGGUUCGACCAUGGGCAUCCAUGCUGUUAGCGUCAUGCUAGAGGCUCUCAAUAGAGAUGCCCAACAUGCUACUAUCGCCAAGUUCAUUCAAAAUGAACUUGACGCAGAACGCGAGAAAGUAGCCUUGCUUCACCAACAAGGUUCUCAACAAGCAGAGUUGUUGAGAGAACAAGGUGCUCAACAGUUUGAACUGUUGAGACAGCAGCAGGCUGCUGCUGGUGGGUCGAUGCACUCGCGUCGGCCCGAGACUUUGAAGAUUGACAUCUCCAAGGCGCGUCGCAUCGACGACGGGGAUAUGCAAGUUGCAUUUGCCCAGUCAAAUCUGGCAGGACGUGCCAAGACUUGGGCACUGGGGCUCAAGCUGCACGACCCAUAUGCGUUUGGGUCGUUGGAAGUCUUCAAGUCGCGGCUCAGACAAACGUUUGAACCGCCUAGAGCUGAGUUCAGAGCUCGAACCGAACUCUUGAAGCUCAAGCAGGGUAAGCGUGAUGUGCACGCUUACGCUCAACAUAUACGACAUCUCACGAGUUGUAUAAGUUCCAAUCCGGUGGAUGAACACACGUUGGUUUCGGUGUUCAUGCAGGGUCUUGCGGAUGGUCCCGUCAAGACUCACCUGUUCCGGCUUGAACUAGAUUCACUAGAACAAGCCAUUUCCAUUGCGGAGCAGGAAGACUUCAGUCUGAGACAGGCUCGCGCCAGCUCGACAUCAUAUCGUCAACCGAGACGAUAUGACAACGGAGGUCCAGAGCCGAUGGAACUCUGUUAUGUAGAGAGCGAGAAGGCUCGCUCUACAGGCUACAAGAAGUUGCAGAGAUGCAACAGAUGUCAAAAGACAGGACACUACGCUUACGAGUGUAGUGCCCCUCGUCCAGUGUAUCGCGACACUGGGCGUAGUGACCGUCCACCCAUGAGAAAGGGGCAGGGACGAGGGUCCGCAGUUGGUGCAAAGACGCAACAACGGGAUGGACCGUAA